UUCUUUUAAUAAGGCACCCGGGGUCUGACUCCAGUUUUAUGGUUUGUGUCCUAGUUCCAUGACUACCGCUAUUUACUUGACAUGUCCAAAAAUGUUUGUUGACAAAUUGCAUGACAAAUAAAAGGAUUCUUCAGAACUGUUUGUGUGCAUGGGGGGCAGCUCUGAACCAUUAGACUCGAAAACUCAAACUCCCAUGUUGUUUAUAAUGUAAUAGCUGUCACACAGUUUUAAUUUGUAAAGCUGAUGUCAGUGAAUGGUCCAUAAGAUGAGUUUUGUCUGCCAAACAGGCUGUGUUUUCCUGUGGAGGCAUUUGCUCAUGUGGAAACAGCUUGAGUCAUGCGCCCGACCCGCUGUCUGAUCCGCGCCUAAUGAAUGGGAGGGUUAUGACGGCUUACUAAACCCUGCAGUCUUACUGAAACUAUUUCACCUUUUUUCAAGUGUAUUCACCCUGUAAAUAAUUAACUGUGGAAUUAAUUGAAGAUCAAAGUUUUCUAGGCCUGUAGUAAAGUAGGUUCUCCUCUGUAGCAGGUUGAGCAGUCAGAUUUACAAUGGCCGACUGGGACUACGACUAUCUGAUCAAGCUGCUGGCUUUGGGGGACUCUGGGGUGGGAAAGACCACCUUCCUCUACAGAUACACAGACAAGAAGUUCAACCGCAAGUUCACCACCACAGUGGGCAUUGACUUCAGGGAGAAGAGAGUGGUGUACACAGGUACGGGUGCUGGCGGAACCACUGAGAGGAAUUUCCGGGUCCACCUUCAGCUUUGGGACACAGCAGGGCAGGAGAGGUUCCGCAGCCUCACUACCGCGUUCUUCAGAGAUGCCAUGGGCUUUCUCCUGAUGUUUGAUUUGACCAAUCAACAAAGCUUCCUCAAUGUCAGGAAGUGGAUGAGCCAGCUACAGGCUAAUGCAUACUGUGAUAGCCCAGACAUUGUGCUGGUGGGCACCAAGGCAGAGCUCCGGGACCUGAGGGAUGUCCAUGCCAGACAGGCCAGAGAUCUAGCAGACAGAUACGGCAUCCCCUACUUUGAGACGAGUGCAGUGACGGGUGUUGAUGUGGACAAGGCUGUGUCCUCCCUGCUGGGCCUGGUCAUGAAGAGGAUGGAACAGAGCACCUACGGGGGGCAGAGCUCUGAACCCAACGGCAGCCCUACUGCCAGCUACGAGGUGGCGGAGGCCCCGGCCAGGAGGUGGUGUGCCUGCUGAUGGUACUGUUUUAUAUCUGUAAACGAGUGCAUCUUCAAACUAAUAGUUUAGUUUAUCGACAUUUAGCAGAAGUUUCAGCCUGCAUAUUUUUCAACUCGUUUUUUUUUUUUUUUAUGACAUGAACUGUGAUCCAUUUAAAUAUUAAAAUAUUGUAAAGUAAAAUAAAGUUGUUUACUACUUUCAUAUGUUUAAAAAUGAUUGUGUGCACAUAAAUGUUUUGGUAAAUAUACUGCAAAAUUUUUAUCUGCUCAUGUAAAGCUACAGUGUGUAGGAUUUAGUGCCAUCUGGUGGUGAGGUUGCAGAUUGCAGACAAUUUUGUUUUCCCUUUGCAUCUUCACUUCUUUGGUGACGGGUAUUUAUGCUCUCUUGCUUUCUCCUGUGAUCCUGUAUUCCACAAAAAAAUGAGGGAUUUCAAACUUGUUAGUCUGCACUAGCAACCAGUAGACCGUGUAUAGGGGAGCAGCCACUCAUUUCUCUGCUUUUUUUUUCUUUAGUCUUCUGGCCACGCUGUUAAAUGCAAAAGAUGGAUCAAGUAUGUGCCUUUUCUGCAACUGUAUCAACAUGGUGGUGCAACAUGGCAACUUCCAUGAGGGGGCCUGCUCAUAUGUAGAUAUGAAGAAAUCACUCUAAGCUCAUGUAAACACAUCAGUUUGUUGUAGAUAAUUAUGCACCAAUGAAAGGAUGGUUAUAAAUGUUAUAUACCAUUUCUGCUAAUAAAUACCCCUAAACCCUGCACGCCAUAGCUUUAACAAGAUCCUAAAUGUUGAUCUUAAUUCUUAAACACAUUUAUCAAAUUCUUAAUUAUUUUCCUAAAACAUUCAAUUAAAUAUCUAGUACUGUAUUUAAUAUUUUGUAAAUGUUUAUAUAAAUAUUAAACUAAAUAUUAAGGGUAUACGCAAAUAUUUAUGUAUUUUGUUACAUAUUUAACUUUUAAAUAAAAUGUUAACUAUAUUAUUAAAUAUAUAGCAUGUUAUUUACUGAAAUAUUUAGGUUUUUCAUAUGCAAAUAUUUAGUAUACAUUUAAAUUACAUUAGAUUUUAGGUAAUAUUUGGUUGAAUGUAACAAAAUAUUUAAAUCAAAUCAAAUCAAUUUUAUUUAUAUAGCGCCAAAUCACAACAAACAGUUGCCCCAAGGUGCUUUAUAUUGUAAGGCAAAAGCCUUACAAUAAUUACAGAAAAACCCCAACGGUCAAAACGACCCCCUGUAAGCAUUUAGAAAAAU